ACCUUCGGAGAACGAUCUACCUGACGAUUAUGUCUAGUGUUGACUUUGAAGAAGCAGGACACAAGUUGUUGAAGAUCAAACUAGAGCCUGGUCAGGAGAUGGAGUUGUGCAUAAUGUUAUUGGAAUGCUGCAGUCAGGAAAGGACUUAUCUUCGCUACUAUGGACUGCUGGGACAGCGUUUUUGCAUGAUCAACAAAAUUCAUCAGGAAAACUUUGAAAAAUGUUUUGUGCAGCAGUACUCCAUGAUUCACCGGCUUGAAACUAACAAACUGCGUAAUGUGGCCAAGUUUUUUGCUCAUUUGCUCGGCACUGAUGCUCUGCCUUGGCAUUGUUUGGCUUAUAUACGGCUGACAGAGGAGGAUACGACCUCCUCUUCUCGUAUUUUUAUCAAGAUUCUAUUCCAGGAAAUGUCAGAGCACCUAGGUAUCCGCUUGUUGAAUGAGCGUCUUAACGACCCCACUAUGCAAGAAUCCUUGGAGUCUAUUUUCCCAAAAGAUAAUCCCAAGAAUACAAGGUUUGCCAUCAACUUUUUCACUUCUAUCGGUCUGGGUGGAAUCACCGAGAGUCUGCGAGAGUAUCUCAAGAACAUGCCAAGGCUUAUCAUGCAACAACAGAAGCCUGUUUCUGAUUCGGAUGAGUCUGGGAGUUCAUCUGGUUCUGAAUCUUCAGGAUCCGAGUCAGAAUCAUCUUCAUCCAGUUCUGAGGAAAGUGAUGGUAGUCGAAGGAAGCGGAGGAAGAGGAGAAGAUAGAGAGACCAUAGACUGCUCAGCAAUCUGAUCGAGAACUAGUUAGUACGUGUUGUCAUCCUGAGAAAAUUAGAUUUUUGUUUGCCUUAUAUGUUUAAUCCACUACAAUUUGUGCAGUUUCAGUUUUGACUAGUUGAACCUUGUAUAUUUUUUCACUCUUUUUUUCAUGUCGGUCUGCGAGUACAGGCCUGAACUUGUUUGUUUAUCAGUGUAUCGAUAACCUCGGAAAAUUUGAACUGUUGAUGCC